AUUAAGGAAAAAAAAUACGUGCAUACAAAACAUCUCAUUAUUAAAUUCAAUGAAUACAAUUUUACGGGGUUUUUUUCAACAUUUCGUACGUUGUUAUAUUAUACCAAUCUUUUCCAGCGCGAAUAAUAAUCAACAUGUAAAAAUGAAUAUACACAAUCGUUUAGUUGUAGCUCCGUCGCAUAUCGAUAAAUAGCAUUAGCGAAACACGUUAGUCAUUGGGCUUUAUUUUUCCGCAUGUUCGACAGAAAGAAAGUGCAGAAAGAAAUUUAAAAUUUCGCGAUUCAAAGUUUUAGUGGCUAAAACAUUUGGAAACAUGUUUCGCUUUCUGGUGAUAGUCACGGCGCUCUUCGUCCUGAUUAAUGCGGAACUUCAAAGGAUUUCAUUAUACAAAAUGAAUACUGUUCGACAAACUUUGAAAAAAGUUGGCACCGAUUUACAACAGAUUGUUUUAGCCGAAGGAAACUUUACAGAACCAUUGCACAAUUAUGCAAACGUUCAGUAUUAUGGUAAAAUUGGCAUCGGAACUCCGCCGCAAGUAUUUACAGUAAUUUUUGAUACUGGUUCCUCAAAUCUUUGGGUUCCAUCCAGAAAAUGCCCUAUUAUCAACAUUGCGUGCUUAUUGCAUAAUAAGUAUAAUAGUAAUAAAUCCAAUACAUAUCAACGAAAUGGUACUGGCUUUGCUAUUCAAUAUGGCACUGGCAGUCUGACUGGAUUCUUAUCUACUGACGUAGUAACUAUUGCUGGUAUCACUGUUCAGAAUCAAACAUUCGCGGAAGCGAUGCUUGAACCAGGCUUAACAUUUGUUACUGCAAAAUUUGACGGCAUCUUGGGCCUAGCUUAUCCCUCAAUAUCAGUCGAUGGAGUGACGCCUGUUUUUAACAAUAUGAUCAAACAAGGCCUAGUAUCAAAACCUGUCUUCAGCUUCUAUUUGAAUAGAAACCCUUCGUCCAAGUUGGGUGGUGAAUUGAUAUUUGGUGGUACUGAUCCUGAUUAUUAUAAGGGUGAUUUCACUUAUCUUCCUGUUACUCGCAAAAAAUAUUGGCAAUUUACGAUGGAUAAGGUCAAAAUAGGUUUGAACAUCUUGUGCAAGUCUAGCUGUCAAGCUAUCGCUGACACAGGUACCUCGCUAAUAGUUGGACCCCCUUUGGAUAUCGCAUUUAUUAACAGAUAUAUUGGAGCUUCUCUUAUUGAUGGAACAGUGGACUGCAAUCAAAUUUCUAAGUUACCCACAAUUAGUUUUAUUUUGGGUGGUAAAGAAUUCAAUCUCACCGGUAAGGAUUACAUCAUUCAGAUUGAACAGUUUGGCUUCAAGUCAUGUACGAGCGGUUUCCAAGGAUCUGACAUGAGUGCGAAUGGAUUGCAAUGGAUUCUGGGCGAUGUAUUUCUUGGCAUUUAUUACACAGUUUUCGAUAUGGGCAAUGAUCAAGUAGGAUUUGCCGUAGCAAAAUAAACAUCGAUUCCAUUUUCUUGUAAUUACUGUUAGACAUUGUUUUUUUUUGAAUGACAAUCUUGCAACUAAUUAACUUUUCUUUGUAUCACUUUUCAUGCUUAUUGUUUCGUAAUUUUUAAUUUAUCCGGCAUAUUGUUAUAGGUGAAUAUAUGUCAUAUUUUCAAAAAUUAAAAUAAAAAUAUAUAUGCGAUA